AUGGGGCUGGAGGCGGUGCGCGAGCUGGACUGCGCGGCGCUGGGCGCGCUGCUGCGGGAGCCGCGGGAGGCCGAGCGCACGCUGCUGCUCGACUGCCGCCCCUUCCUGGCCUUCUGCCGGCGCCACGUGCGCCACGCGCGGCCAGUGCCCUGGAACGCGCUGCUGCGGCGCCGCGCUCGCGGCCCGCCCGCCGCCGCCCUCGCCUGCCUGCUGCCGGACCGCGCGCUCCGGGCGCGCCUGGCCCGCGGGGAGCUGGCCCGGGCAGUGGUGCUGGACGAGGGCAGCGCCUCGGUGGCCGAGCUCCCCGCCGACGGCCCGGCACACGCGCUGCUCGCCGCGCUGCUGCCCGAGACCCGCGCGGGGCCCACGGCCGUGUGCUUCCUGCGAGGCGGCUUCGAUGGCUUCCAGGCCUGCUGUCCCGAUCUGUGCUCCGAGUCCCCCGCCCCGGCCAUGUCGUCUGCUGGGGGCGAGAACAGCCGCUCUGACCCCCGGGCUCCCUUCUACGACCAGGGCGGCCCUGUGGAGAUCUUGCCCUACCUGUUCCUGGGCAGCUGCAGCCACUCCUCCGACCUGCGGGGGCUGCGGGCUUGUGGCAUCACCGCGGUCCUCAACGUCUCCCGCUGCCCCAACCACUUUGAGGGCCUUUUCCGCUACAAGAGCAUCCCGGUGGAGGACAACCAGAUGGUGGAGAUCAGUGCCUGGUUCCAGGAGGCCAUAAGCUUCAUUGACUCGGUGAAGAACAGUGGAGGCCGGGUACUGGUUCACUGCCAGGCGGGCAUCUCGCGCUCGGCAACCAUCUGCCUGGCUUACCUGAUACAGAGCCGCCGCGUGAGGCUGGACGAGGCCUUCGACUUUGUUAAGCAACGCCGGGGAGUCAUCUCCCCCAACUUCAGUUUCAUGGGGCAGCUGCUACAGUUUGAGACUCAGGUGCUCUGUCACUGAGGCAGGGCCGCACCAGGCUGCCCCCGCCCCCCGGUGGGGGCGGGGGGCACUGAUUCCCUCCAGGUCAGGGAAAGCUGCCCCUUCUCCGAAGUUUGAAAAGCCCCCAGGUGGUGGUGCUAGGAGUGCAGGAACUCUGGACUUUCUCACCUGGUGCUCUGCUGCUAGGUUUGAGGGCUGGCCCUCUUCUGGGGACCAGCAUGGAGGGCAUGUCUGCUCCCCCUCCCCCCUCUGUCUUCUGGCGGAAACUAACUGGACCGCUACACCCGUGGAUUCCCACAUGUUGAAGCCCUUGGCAGCCUGAGCGCUCCAAGGAACAAGCUGUGACAAGCGGGAGCCCCGUCUGGGGGGUGGUCCACUACAGGCCUGGAGCCUGCGCCUUGUGCUCCUGGGGAGCGCCGCGUCUGUUGCGUGUGGGCGUCUUGCGCACGUGCGUGCAUGUGUGUGUGUGUGUGAGCAUGUCACGCCUGUAUUGGUGCUGGAAAGUUUUUUGUGUUCAGCUGACAUUUAACACUCCCUCCCCCACUUCCUCCCAGCCCUGUGGGUGGGGGUUGGAAACUUAGCACUUUAUAUUUAUAUGGAACAUUGAGGAUGUGUCAAUAAAAUACUGUUUUGUUUAA